CCUUCAUAAUCAUGCUUACUUGCUGACUUACCCUUGACCAAAAUUAUUGCAAUUGGAUGACUUAACCAGUAACCACAACGUCGCACGUCCUCCACCCAGGUUUCCCCCUACUUCUUCAGUAAUGUCUGAAAGAGCCGCACACGACGCCCUCAGCGACUCUGACGCUGCAUUGCUGGACAUGCUCACCGGUCCAUCGGCCCCGACCGCGACAACCUUUGCGCGGAGGGAUGCUGCGCUCGACCCUCUCAUCAUGGCGGCGGCAUUCGCUUCGGGACCCCAUGUUACCCGAAACCAUUACCACCAUGAUUUCUUUCCGGGAGUCAUGCUACCAAAGGCAGAAGGUGCCUGGGAUUGGACUAAAUUUACUGGGCAGGAUGCAUCGGCACCGGAGAGGAAGAAGCUAGCCUAUGUUAGCAGGCAAGCACCUCGUAGGCAACGACUGGCAUUGGAAGGGAAGGAAAAUGACCACCCGCGGGAACAAACAGAUACGUCGCUUUCACCCAUCGAGAAUAUUUCUCUCUCCCACAAGAAACGCCGUACCUCGUCGUCCACCCCUGUGGUUCCCGCAAUAGUUUCUACGGCAGAGGUCGGUCCCGAUGUGAUCCCGAAAGACCCGGCCGCGGAACUCAGCGUGAAAUGUAUGGCUCGAACGAGAAUACCGACGCCUCACGGCCCUGUCUUCUUACAUCUUUACCACAAUAACCGGGACGACAAAGAGCAUUUAGCUAUCGUUGUCGACCCCGCCCAGCUGGCUGACAAGCUUGGCGCAGUUUCCCCGCCCCCCAUUCGAUCCCAUACCCUGGAUGCUGUAUGGAGCAAGGAUGAAACGGAAAUGGACCGAAUCACCCGUGGAGCCUACGUGGGUAGGCUAUCACCUACAUCUCAGCAUGCGUCUAUGCCGCCAUCCGGUGUUGCCGGAGUAACUUUAGGCCUCCCUGCACCUCUCAUCAGAAUACACUCGGAAUGCUUUACCGGCGAGACCGUUGGCAGCAUGCGAUGUGAUUGUGGUGAGCAGCUGGACGAGGCUAUUCGUCUAAUAUCGCAACCUAUCACCAUUUCGCUGUCAUGUCCACUAAAUUCAUCUACUCCCAUCCCGGGUCGCGGUGCCGUUGUCUACCUAAGGCAAGAAGGGAGGGGAAUUGGGCUGCUCUCAAAAAUACGCGCGUACAACUUGCAGGAUAUCGGGCACGACACCGUUACCGCUAAUCUGAUGCUCGGUCAUGGGGCUGACGAACGCGGGUACGACAUCGCUGUUGCGAUUUUACGUGACCUCGGGUUAAGCGAUGGUGUCCGUGUGCUGACGAAUAACCCGGACAAAGUCCAGGCACUGGAGAAAGAUGGCCUGAAGGUUGUUGAACGUGUUCCAAUGAUACCCAGGAGUUGGAAAUGUCGCCAAGAAAAUUCGAAGGCGAAUCCAGAUGUUGAUCCAAAGCAUUACAAGAUGGAAGAUCAUGUUGGAGCCACACUUAUUGGUGGGAAAGCUGUUUACGGGGAAGAUCUAGACAAGUAUCUGCGAACGAAGGUGUUGAAAAUGGGACACAUUCUGCCGCUAUGGAUGGAAGAUGUCGAAGCUUAAUAUUUUUUGUUAUUCACUCAUUAUUGAGGAGAAGAGACGUUUAAUAAUAAGUACUGUAUAUCUGGAAGAUCUGUAAUUCUCAUGGUGAUACCAUAUUUUGCUGCGCUGCGCAGCCGAAGGAAUAACAAAUAGUGCAGAUCCUGAUAUAAAUAUAGUGUUGACCU